AUCCGAACACUCGCCCUGGACCUCUCCUCGCUCAAGGACGUUCGCAGGGCGGCUGCCGAGGUCAAUGCCUACGCCGAGCCCAUCCACAUCUUGGUCAACAACGCCGCUGCGACGCUCGGAGCUUUCAAACUCAGCCCGGAGGGCUUUGAGAACCAGCUCGCGACCGACCAUCUGGGUCCGUUCCUCUUCACCGCCCUCAUUGCCCCGAAGAUCCUCGCUGCGCGGACGGAGACGUUUACCCCCCGGGUCAUCUUUGUGUCUAGUAUGGGGCAUGUGUCCGGGCCAGUGAAUCUCGAGACGUUGCGCAAACCCGAUCCUGCGCUGUAUGAUCCAUUCGGUACUUAUGGCCAAGCGAAGACGGCCAACAUCCUCACUGCUGCCGAACUCUCCCGUCGGUCGAACGGGACGAUCAAGAGCUACAGUCUGCAUCCGGGAGUCAUCUUCACGAACCUUGCCCGCAGAGAAGAAAGCGCGGAGAUAUCGAAGGAGGCGGGCAUCCUCCUCCCUGAUGGCACGCCUAACCUCGAGAAGUACCAAUGGAAGUCGAUCCCGGAGGGCGCCGCGACGACGGUGGCGGCUGCGUUUGACCCGCGACUGGAAGAUGUCCCGGGGGCGUUUCUAGACGAUUCGAAAGUUUCCAACGACAAGCUCGCUCCGCAUGCUGCUGAUUCUGCUGCCGCGGCGAAACUGUGGGAUGUCACGGAGGAGCUCGUCGGUUUCAAGUUUGCCUUCUGAAACUCGUCGAAUAGCUACCCUGGCAUGUUUUAUAGCACUGGUCUUGAAUUCACCUUGCAUCCGACCUGCA